AUGGGCUCGCCCUCCCCCUCGGCUUCCACGUCGCCAAAGGCUACGACGGGCCCAGGUGACGAUCCCCCGCGCAACAAGCCGCCUCGUAAACUCAACCGCUCCGCUAACCAGCUACACCGUAACCAGGCUUGCCUGACCUGUCGUCGCCGACGGAUCAAAUGCGAUGCAGCUCGACCACACUGUUCGAGCUGUGUUCGCAGUUUUCGAUUCCUGGCCCGCACCCAACCUGAUCCGGAACGGGACGCACGCGGUGUCCAAUGCGUGUACGAGAACAACGAGCCCGAGGAGCCCGAGCCAGAGGACCCUCGCGCCGCCGUCGCCAAACUCGAAGCCAGAGUCGCCGAGUUGCAAGGCGAACUCGACCGGCUGACGAGCACGUCGCCUCGCAUCUCGACCACGCCAGUCUUAACCAUGACUCCGUCUCAACGCGCCGAACAUACUCUCCCCUCCCCCUCCAUUCCGCAGGAUACCUCGCCAUCAAUACCCCAGCACCUCUUCACCCCGCCCCACUUGUGGCCCAACAUGGAACUCGACCCGACUGCACAGCACUUUGUCCCGCCCCCCUUUGACCCCGGCUUCCCGUACGGCACAACAGGCAUCCCCACGCACCCCCAUCAACAUCAACACCAGCACCAGCGCCAGCGCCAACACCAACACCCGUCCAAUCCAACGCAUCCCGGACAUCAAACAUCGCCCGUCUCAUCCAACUCGGAGCCGCUCAGUUGGCCUGGGCAAGGCGGUCCUUCCAUGCCUUCGACGCCGUUCCACAUGCCGGACGGCAACCAGCUUGACCUCGAGCUCGGCCCCAGCGUCGACGACGCCAUGACCCGCUACGUUGAAAUGUCCAUGGGUGGCAUGCGGGGCAUGGGUGGUGGGCCUAGACCCAGCCAGGGUGGGGGCGAAGAGCGCCCACAUACGGGCGGCCGUGGCGAUUAA